GCUCACAAGAGCGUCCGUGGGUUUUCAUUUGCAUUGGUACCAAACCCGAACACAGGCCAAAAAGCGAAAAAAAAAUGUCUCUUCUGGAUGGAUCAACUCCUCCUCCUCCUCUUCCUGUUGAAAACACAACUAGGGUUGAACGACGAUCGGCAAACUAUCAUCCCAGCAUAUGGGGGGAUUACUUCCUCAAAUAUGCUUCUGACUCCAAUUCUAUGGGAGCAAGUUCUUGUGGCAUGACAAAGGAACGACUGGAGAGAUUGAAAGAAGAAGUGAGGAAGAUGCUGAAAUGUGCUAUGGACAAGCCUUCACCGGAGUUGAACUUGAUCGAUCGGAUCCAACGCUUAGGAAUUGCCUACCAUUUCGAAAUUGAGAUAGAUGAGCAGCUGGAACAAAUCCACAAAAACUAUUUCGAAUUCCGUUCUGGGGAUAACGAUGACGACCUGCACACGGUCACUCUUCUCUUUCGAUUGUUGCGACAACAAGGUUACGGUGUUUCAUGUGAAAUCUUUAACAAGUUCAAGGACGGGGAAGGGAAUUUCAGCAAAUCGCUCAUGACCGACGUGCGGGGACUGCUAAGUCUAUUUGAAGCUUGCCAUUUGGCGUAUCAUGGCGAUAAUAUUUUGGACGAUGCACUUGCUUUUACUGUAACUCACCUUGAAUCAAUUGAUAAAAGCAAAGUAAACCCUAGUCUGGUAAAACAAGUGAGUCAUGCGCUAAAUCAACCGAUCCACAAGGGAAUGCCCAGGCUAGAGGCGAGGCGUUACAUUCCACUCUACCAAGAGGAGCCUUCACAUAACAAAGUCCUUCUCUCCUUGGCGAAACUCGAUUUCAACUUGGUGCAAGAUCAACACCGGAAGGAACUCGGCAACCUUACAAGGUGGUGGAAGGAUUCGGAUGUAGAGAGGAAGUUCCCAUUUGCUAGAAACAGGCUUGUCGAGAUGUAUUUUUGGAUGUCAGGAGCUUAUUUCGAGCCGGAGUACCAAGUUGCUCGAGAAAUACUAGCCAAAGCGACGUGCAUUCUUACCAUUAUCGACGACAUCUACGACGUCUAUGGCACGUUGGAAGAAUUAGAACUCUUCACAGAAGCAAUUGAAAGGUGGGAUUUUGAUGCCAAAGAUGGAUUGCCAGAGUACAUGCAAGCGUGUUCCAAGAUAAUUCUUGAUUUUUAUGAUGAAAUUGGCCACGAGGUGAUCAGAAAAGGACGAUCGUACCGCCUCUUCUAUGCAAAAGAAGCAAUGAAAAGACAAGUGAGAGCGUACCUCGCUGAAGCCAAAUGGUUCCACCAAAGCCACGUACCCACGAUGGAGGAGUACAUGCCCAUUGCAGGGGCAUCCAUUGGUCUAGAAAUAGCAUCAGUGAUGUCGUUUAUGGGAAUGGGAGAUGUCGUAACAAGCGAUGCUUUUGACUGGUUAUUAGCCAGCGACAACAAGAUGGUGAGAGCUUCGGCAUUAACCUGUCGGCUCAUGGAUGACAUUGCCGGACACAAGUUCGAGCAAGAGAGAGGUCACGCAGCAUCUUCGGUGGAGUGUUUCAUGAAACAAUUUGGAGUCACGGAGGAAGAGGCUAAGGAGGAGCUGCGUAAACAAGUGGUCGAUGCAUGGAAGGACAUUAACAAAGAGUUGGGCCGUCCAACCGCCGUUCCCAUGCUGGUCCUUGCGCGAGUUCUCAAUCUUACACGAGCCACUCGUGCUGUGUUUAUUGAUGAAAAAGAUCACUACUCUCAUGCUGAAAACAAGAUGAAAGAGUAUGUGACUUCUGUGCUAGUCAAUCCAUUGCCACUGUGAUGGUUUGAAGUACAAGUUUAAUAACCGAGCCAUUAUAGAUUGCAUUAGACUUUUUCGAAUUUGCUCUGUGUACAAUUUUCAAGUAUGUGUUAACACUUGAUCAUUGCUCUU